AUGCUUGGCUGGACCUCCACGAUGCACCACAUCGCCAUCCUCAUCCUCCUGGGCAUGGCAGCUCACAGCUGGAGCCUCCCCGUUCAGAAUGUGUCGACGGCUCAUGAUGUGAUACUCAGGUUUAGAAGACGACUGUCAGAUGAGCUGUGGGGUACGAUGGAGAUGAACGCCAUGGAUAAGAUUCUGCGAACCAACAGGUUUGUGGGGCGUCUCCCGGGCCUCAGCCUGAGGGAGGGGGACAUCGCCCGCUCCACCAUCCGCAGCGCCAUAACCUGCCCCGAGAGCAGCUGCCUCUGGCCCAAGUCCGUGGACGGCCACGUGUACGUGGCGUACGAAAUCUCUCCACAUUACGAUAAUAUGGACCGGAUGACCAUAGAGACGGGGAUGCAGGACAUCUCCACCGGAACAUGCGUGAAGUUUGUGCCUCGCAGCCACGAGGCCAACUACCUGGACAUCCAGCCCAAACGAGGGUGCUGGUCGUUUCUGGGGGUGAUCGGCGGGGUGCAGCCGCUCUCCCUGCAGACCCCCGGCUGCAUGUGGGCCGGGGUGGCGUCCCACGAGCUCAUGCACGCCCUGGGGUUCGUCCACGAGCAGUCGCGCUCCGACCGGGACCGCUACGUCACCAUCCUGUGGGAGAACAUCCUGCAAGAUCAAAUCCACAACUUUAAGAAGUACAUCACGAACAACCUGAACACGGUCUACGACUACAACUCCAUAAUGCACUACGGGAGGUACGCCUUCUCUGAAGAUGGAGACCCAACCAUUGUCCCCAAACCGGAUCCCUUCAUUCCGAUUGGCCAGCGAGAUGGACCCAGCCCUGUGGAUAUCCAGAAGAUAAAUGCCUUGUACAACUGCAGCCGAGUUUAA